AUGGAGUGUGGCCAUCAGAUUGGUUUGUGGUCUGCCUAUCAACUCUGCGUCUGGAGUGGAAACACUUAUGUCAGUCCAGCGCCUUUUGAGGGUUGGAUUGAUUGUCCGUCCCAUCACUUGAUGUUCGCUUGUGCUGGGCACGAGCCAUGGAUCACCACCUGCUACUCUGAGGGGUCUCACGACGAUGGCUGUUGCGGCUGUGCGAAUUGGGCAGAGAUUCUAGACAUACCCGUCCCGAAAGCUCAUGGCUGCAGGGGCACCAGUACCACUUGGCAGCAGCACGCACUCCCAUAUUAUGAGAUACUCAAACGCGGCUGCCCAACGGCAUACACGUUUGCAUACGACGAUGAGUCCUCAACUUUUACUUGCCAGAAUGCAGACAGUCGACAAAACGAAUCUCUUGCUGCUUGCGGAACGUAUGUGGAAGAAGAGGCUUGUCCGCAACCACUCUGUGCUUGGUACGGGGAGACUGUUGGAUGCCGGCUCAAGGCCAAUGAUGCAGGAUACAUCAUUACGCUCUGUCCCGAAGCACCGGAGCAAUCGUGGACAGCUUCGGAGCUUGCUGCAGAGUCUGGAAUGGGGCAUUCCACCAUCACCACAACCACAAAACUCACCACCACAACGGCGUGGUCCUGCCAAACUGGAGAUGUCGUCCCCUGUUGUGCAGAUCGACAGUGCCUUGAGACCUGUGCUGGCAAUCAGUGCUGUCCAGACGGGACGGCCUGCCCGUCUGCCACUGACAACUUUACACUCUGUCCAGCUCCCAGACUGUACACUUGUCCCCCGGAAGCCACGACUUCCACCACGUCUGCCCAAGACGGCUCUGCAGAUGAUAUGAGGCAGGCGUCCCUGCAUGCUGGCGCAAGGAGCGAGGUUGAGUCGGAGGCCUCGGGCAGAGUUCUGGCGGGCGACAUCACCGUGGAGCUCACCUCUGGCAACCUGAGUCUUGUGGUGACAAUCCCGGAAGUCUGGCACUUGCUGCAAGUUUCUCUGCAGUCUGCGAGCAGUCGCUUAGGCAUCCCGCCGCAGAACGUCCGUCUCAGAGCAGAUAGAGGCAGUUCCAACUUCCACUACCAGAUCCAACUUCCGGCUGACUUCGUGAAGACAGAGGCGGACAUCGGGCAAAGGAUGGCGGAAGUUGCCGACCAGACAACGAAAGAGCUCAACGAGGCAGUGCGUGCUGGUGAGUUUGGCAACUUGACCUUCGAGGUGGUGGGAACGACAGUUUCCUGGGAGAUGCAGAACAAAAUGCGACAGGUGGCUGGCGCUGCCUCCAGCUCACCUGCUCCGGCACGCCCUCUUGAUGUAAUCAGUGCAGCUGCCGGCCUUUGGCAACUGUGGUGUCUGUACUUCGUCGGCGUGAUUGUGGUUCAACUGUAA